AUGGGCCGGCACCAUCAUCUGAGACUUCCUGAACACCUCUACCUGUCUCCUCCGACUCCUCCUCAACCCUCGGCGGCAACCUACUUGACUUCUGCUUCUUCCUUCUUCGCCAUAAACAGGGCUGUACAUUAUUCUCCUUCAACCGCUUUACUUCACGAGACGGGCCGCCCAGGCGGUUUUGCAGUUGGGGACCGUAUACCAGGCUUCAAAACUUCUGCUGCAUUUUUCAACACUUUACGAGCCAAUCUUGUUCUCGACCCCGAUCUCAUCCCGCCGUCUCUCCCUACUACGCCAGACGUCCUACGGCCGACCACCAUGUCUUCUUCCGGCGGCGGUCUUCCCCCUCCCUCACCUUCUCCCCUUGGGACCGGCGAGGUCUAUGCCUAUGCUGAAGACGCGGCGGUUGAGUCCAAGAAUCCGCUGGAUUCGAUCCCCGACUUGACCACCCGACCUGCCGUCAGCGAGGAUGACCAGGUUGAAGCCCUGCACUUGUUGGCCGACUCGGUCGCUCAGCAGCGUCAAGUCGCGUCCAGCGCCAUCAUGUACCAUCCAUUGACGCUCGGCACGUUCGUUCUCUGUUUCGGCCUGGUCUAUCAAUACCUGUACAAGGGCCAGCGGUCGGACUGGAUGCUAAUCGGUACUACAAGUGCCGGAACCAUCAUGGCCAUCCUUGUCAGCAUCCGGUGGCUCACGGGCGGGUACAUUGACGAAGCCGAGAACAUAGGCACAUGGAAGUGGCUAAACAAAGGCCGCCAGGCCAAUGAUGGUUUGGCUGUCGGAGACGCUGACGAGAUUCUUUUGACUCGAUUCGGCGAUGAGGUAAUCGGCACGGUCAUCGUACGAGGCGAACGAGAAACACCUGCCGGGGGCGGUCCACGGAAGCCACGCAAGGGUGCGCCCACGACGGGAGUGAUACGAGGCUGGACCGUCAAACGUCGAUACCGCCGCAAAGGGGUUGGCCAGGGUCUGCUUGAGGAGGCGGUCAAGUUGUGCCAGACCAAGGGCUGGAAUGGACCGGAGUUUGCCGCGGAUCACGCCCACAGCGCGCGGCCUUUACCUGCCACCUUUGCUGGCACCUUCGUCAAGAGAGAACGCCAGGCCCGUGAGAUGCUGGAGAAGGUCAAGGAAGACAUGACGCCGAGCACGGGCAAAAGAGGGAAAAGAUGA